CCAUACUUCCGGAGGUCACGGCACCAGACAGAAAGGUUCCUUUCCGGCAAAAAGUAUUAUGGACGGCUGUCACACUUUUUAUUUUUCUUGUGUGCUCACAGAUUCCAUUAUAUGGUAUCAUGUCUUCUGAUUCUUCAGAUCCUUUGUAUUGGUUGCGUGUCAUUCUCGCUUCAAACAGAGGUACUUUGAUGGAACUCGGUAUUACUCCCAUUGUCACUUCGGGCAUGAUAAUGCAGCUUCUGGCCGGUGCUAACCUCAUUGAGGUUGAUUUCAGUUUGAAAGAAGAUCGUGCUUUAUUUAGCGGUGCUCAAAAACUUUUCGCUAUGGUGUUCGCUUUUGGCCAAGCUACUGUAUCCGUAAUGACUGGAUUGUAUGGUAAUCCUUAUGAAAUCGGCGCUGGAGUCUGUUUACUGCUUAUCAUUCAGCUUGUCUUUGCUGGUCUUAUCUCUAUGCUUUUGGAUGAACUCUUACAAAAGGGUUAUGGUCUUGGCUCUGGUAUCUCUCUUUUCAUUGCUACCAACAUUUGCGAAUCAAUCGUUUGGAAAGCGUUCAGCCCAACUACUGUCAAUACUGGUCGAGGUCCCGAAUUUGAAGGAGCCAUCAUUGCUUUGUUCUAUUUACUUAUUACCCGUAAUGACAAAAUUCGCGCUUUAAAAGAAGCUUUUUAUCGAACAAAUUUACCAAACGUCAUGAACCUAUUGGCAACUGUUGUCGUCUUUGGCAUUGUUAUUUACCUUCAAGGUUUCCGUGUUGAACUUCCUGUUAAAUCUAAUCGAUUUCGUGGUCAACGGGGAACUUAUCCAAUCAAGCUCUUUUAUACUUCAAAUAUGCCAAUUAUGCUCCAAUCUGCCCUUACUACAAACGUUUUCCUAAUCUCUCAAAUGUUGUACACCCGAUUCCCAGAUAAUCUCUUGAUUCGUCUUCUUGGUGUCUGGAGUCCGUAUGAAGAAGGUUCUUCCCAAUUGUUUGCGUCAGGGGGUUUAGCCUAUUUCAUGUCACCUCCUCAUAGUAUUAAAGAUGCACUUUUGGAUCCUAUCCAUACCGUCAUAUAUAUUGCAUUCAUGUUGACCGCAUGCGCACUUUUUUCAAAAACUUGGAUUGAAGUCUCUGGAUCUUCUCCGCGUGAAGUAGCAAAACAACUUAAGGAUCAGGGUAUGGUAAUGGCUGGCCAUCGUGAGACCUCAACAUACAAAGAGUUGAAGCGUAUCAUUCCAACAGCCGCAGCUUUCGGUGGUGCCUGUAUUGGUGCCUUGUCAGUUCUUGCCGAUUUACUAGGUGCCCUUGGAUCAGGUACUGGUAUACUGCUUGCAGUCACAAUUAUAUAUUCAUACUUCGAAAUGUUUGUUAAGGAACAAGCAGCCGAAGGUGGAAUCGACGCGUUAUUAUUUUAA